AUGCCCAACCCCUCCCACUCCGGCGGCGGCGGCGGCCAGAACUUGCCCCCCUUCGACGUGAACCGCUACACGGGCACGUCCGCGCGCGCCAACAACGGCCAGAAGCUGCAGCCGAUGUGCGCUAAUAACCCUCCCGGCAAGGGCCCCAAGCUGAAGACCCUGGAGCCGCCGCCGAUGGAGCUGCGGACUGUUAAGAUCUAUGCGCUGCCCAACCACAUCAUGGCCACCUUGGCAACCGAGCACCCCUGGGUCAGGGGCAACCAGGGCCAGGAACUUGCGGAUGAUACCCCCAGGACUAUCUGGCCAUGA